GGCGGGGCAGGCAUCUGUCGUGCCCCGAGUCUCUCCGUCCAUCAGCUCUUCUGUCUUCCUCACACUUCUGUCGGGAUCUCUAAAGCGAGUCGCGCCGAUAUCGGCUAAGCCAAGGGGAGAAGCAGCGGGCCUGCAGGGGCCCCUGAGUGACACAGAGGAACAGGUUGCGCUCUGAAGGAACUUUUUUUUUUCCUGAGAAAAGGGUUGAGAAUUAAGAAUACAUUGAAAUAUGUUGGAUGCGGAUACAGGGAUCGUAGAAGAAUGGUUAUCAGAAUUCAAGACAGUACCAGAAACAUCUAUAGCAAGUUAUGCUAAAAAUUUGAAAGACAAGAUUUCCUUGGUUUCAUCUCUAUAUAAAGUUAUUCAAGAUCUACAAAAUGAGUUGCUGGAACCAGUCUGUCACCAGUUAUUUGAAUUUUAUCGCAGUGGUGAGGAACUUCUUCUGCAGUUCACACUUCAGUUUCUUCCAGAAUUGAUAUGGUGCUAUCUUGCUGUUUCUUCUAGUAAAGACCUACAAAGCAGUGGCUGUAUAGAAGCACUUUUACUAGGAGUUUACAAUUUGGAAAUAGUUGACAAACAAGGAAACAGUAGGAUCCUAAGCUUUACAAUUCCAUCUUUAUCUAAGCCUUCAGUAUAUCAUGAACCUUCCAGUAUUGGUUCAAUGGCUCUUACUGAGGGUGCUUUAUCUCAACACGGCUUAUCCAGGGUUGUAUAUAGUGGACCUCAUAUGCAAAGAGAAAUGUUGACAGCACAAAACAGAUUUGAAGUAUUGACAUUCCUUUUGCUACGGUACAAUGCUGCCUUAAGCUAUAUGCCUGCGGUUUCUCUUCAGUCUUUAUGUCAAAUCUGUUCAAGAAUCUGUGUUUGUGGGUACCCUCGCCAACAAGCAAGAAAAUACAGAGGCAUAAACAGCAGAAUUCCAGUCUCCUCUGAAUUCAUGGUGCAAAUGUUAACAGGGAUUUAUUAUGCUUUUUAUAAUGGAGAAUGGGAUCUGGCUCGUAAAGCAAUGGAUGAUGUUUUAUACAGAGCACAAUUGGAGUUAUAUCCAGAACCACUAUUGGUAGCUAAUGCAAUAAAAGCUUCAUUGCCUCAAGGUGCCAUAAAAUCUAACAAAGAAGGUACUAAAUGUAUUCAAGUUGAAAUUACUCCUACAGCAUCACGGAUAUCAAGAAAUGCUGUGACCAGCAUGUCUAUUCGGGGCCAUAGAUGGAAAAGGCAUGCUUCAGCUAUCUUGUAAACUAUGGCUUAUGCAGAAUGCCUGGAUCAGUACAAGUACUGUAUGUGACCUCACCAUUGUUUUAAAGCAAUUUUCACUUUGUGUGACAUAGUUCAGUUAUAGAAGAAGAAAAGCAUCUUUCCUGUACAUUUCAUAACAUUCUGCGAAAAAGAAUGGAGUUGAGAAUUUGCAACAGAAAAUCACAACCCGUUACAGGUAGACUUCAGAGAUAAACCCAGCUUUAAUAGUGGUUGGAGAGUGCAGAGAAGAAAGAGGGUAUCAAAAGGAGAAAGGCACCCUGUCUCAGGAAGAUUGGAAAGAUGUUUUUACUUUGUUCCUUAAAAUAUCAGGCAUUUGGAAUGCCAUGGAAGUAAUGGAAAUUCCAUGAAUCCAUAUUUGACCUAUAAGAUAAAAACAGUAUUGCUACGCUUCAGGUUCUAUCAUUAUUACAUAGUGCUAUCUUGUGGAGCUUAAGGUCCAGAUAGUAACAGCUUUGUUGAUUCUCAAAAGACCUGACUUUUUGUUCAGAUUUUGGGAUUUUGGGAUAUUUAUAUUUAUAUAAAUAAAUGAUAAGUAGCUUGCUGACAAGCAGCCUGAUGUACUAUGCACUAUAAAUUUUAUUAAAAAUAGCACCAUUGCUAAAUUUUAUUAAAUUUUUUAUUAAAAAUAGCACCAUUGCUCCCAAUUGUGGGCAUGGGAGUUCUAGUCAAAACCGCUUAGAAACCUGGUGCAAUACAGUAGGUUCAAAGCAUUUUUUAUUUUCCAGUAGCAGUCUUAUUGAAUGGCAAUCAGUUACCAAAAGGGGAUGUUUAUAUAGAGAUAUCUAUUCUUAUUUAAUCAGUUAAAUCCAGAUUUGUAAACAUCUUCUGAAAAGAUCUUUCAUAAUUGAAUUCUGUAAUAUGUUAAAUCAUUUUCCAUUUGAUAGUCAGGUGCUUACUUUGUAAAAAGGCUUAUGAUGACUCAAUACUUUUCACUUCCCUUUUCCUUUUCCUUUAAAAAGUGGUUUUGACUGUGUUUAUAUAGCAUCUACACAUACUUUUUUAAUUUGGCAGAGUGUUUCAUUUUUAAAAGAUUUAUGUUCUUGCCACAACUUUCAUUUAUUAGAGCUUGCUUUUAGUCAAACUCACUGUCCCAUUUAUUCUUCAGCUAUUUCACCUGAAACUAUCCUAUAUACUCAGCUAUCUUUUAUACUCAUGGAUUGUUUUUACUUUUUUUCAUCUUCCCAUGUCCUUUUCUAAUACAUAAUGACUUAGAAAUCAAUAAAUAACAAGUACAUUGACCCUUCAUAUACAGAAACAAAAUCCUUCUAAAGUAAUCUGAAUUGAGUUGGAAGUAUGAUGUGGUCUGAAGCAAUGUAGAGGGCAUUUGCGCAAAAAAGAAAAGAAAAAGCAAUGACUGUGCCCAUUACAUUUAAUUUUCAUUUCAUGUAAAACCUUUGAGAAGCAGGAAGGAAAGAAUAAUAGAGAAGUUUGUAUUCUAAGGAAAUCUCUUUAGUAGUUCCCCGAUUACCCUAUAUGUUUCAGUUUUGAAUCCACCCAUAGUCCAUUGGAGUUGGGUGGCUACUAAAUUCAAAAGAAGGAAAGGGAGGGAGAAGGGAGGUGUAAACUUGAAUCACAUUCUUUUUGUAGUCAUCCAUUUUGUCCCAAAAAAACAAACAAACUAUAGGCCUCAUUCUAAAUCUCUUUAAAGAAGUUAGAGUGCCAUUAUCCAAAAUUCUAUCAUGUAUAAAAUUGGAUAAUUUCAUACCCUCAGAAGUGUCUAUAGCUGUAUAUUUUUCUGUUAAAAAGCUAUAGCUAUUUGUGGAUUUUCCAGGAAGUUAACAGAAAGUAUGGAAAUUUGAUGACCUGGUCUAUUUCCUGAAUUGCCAAAUCAGACCAAAUCCAAAUAUGGUCAGUGCCCAUCACUUAUUCUGAAUAUUUCAGUUCAGUACAUAACUAUACAACUGUGAGGUCAUUGUAACUAGUCAAAUGUGUGCUGAAAGUAUCAAUCAUCAAAUACUGUAAAAUAAGUGAUAUGUGAGUUAUAGAUCAUAUAUCCAAAAUGCAGAGUCUUCAUGAAUUAGGGCAAUUGUGAUAAAGGAAUCCUGCUAUUUAUAUUUCUUUUUCAAUAGUACAAUCUUUCUAUAAAUCAAACUCAAUAACUUAGAGAUUCAUAAAGAAAAAUAUUUUUAAUAUGUAAUAUGUGUCCAAAUGACACAUUUACAAUAUUUAUAAUUUCUUAUUGAUAUUUGCAUUGGAAAGUGUGCUAUCAUUAGUUAAGAUACUGUGCAGGUUUUAUAAUACAAGGGUAUUAAUAAAAAAUAAUUGCUACCAACCUGCCUUCCAUUGAGCACCUGUAUACUGCAUGAAUCAAGAGAGGGCUGUGAAAAUAUUUACAGAUCCCUCACAUCCUGUUUCAACUCCUACCAUUAAAAUGACGCUAUAGAGCACUGCACACCAGAACAACUAGACACAAGAACAGUUUUUUCCCGAAGGCCAUCACUCUGCUAAACAAAUAAUUCCCUCAACGCUGUCAAACUAUUUACUAAAUCUACACUACUAUUAAUCUUCUCAUCGUUUCCAUCACCAAUUUCCACUUAUGACUGUAACUUUGUUGUUGGCAAUCCUUAUGAUUUAUAUUGAUAUAUUGACCAUCAUUUAUGUUGUAAAUGUUGUACCUUGAUGAAGGUAUUUUUUUCUUUUUAUGUGCUGAGAGCAUAUGCACCAAAACAAAUUCCUUGUGUGUCCAAUCACACUUGGCCAAUAAAUUCUAUUCUAUUCUAUUCUAUUCUAUUCUAUUCUAUUCUAUUCUAUUCUAUUCUAUUCUAUUCUAUUUAAACUCUAUUCUAUUAGAAAUAACUUUAGAAUUCAUUGAAUAAAAACAUAGUAUUUUGGGAAAUAUUGUAACAUUGAUUUGAUUAAAGCAUUCAUUUGUUUAAUCUGCAUUUUAUCUUAUUUGUUUAAUUUUAUGCAUUUAUUUGCUAUAGAAAUAGAAAGAUAGAAGAGAUGUGUGAUAUAAAGUAUGCAGCCUUCACACUUUAGUCUUAAUAAAGCCUUAUUUGUCUUCCUUACUUCCCAGUGUAUAUACAGGCAAUCCACAAAGAAAGUCUGGAAAAUGGGAAGAUUGAUUGCAUUGUCUCCUCUCUGCUGUAUGCUACUAGUGAUAACAAGAUAAAUGAUAUGGACAUGAGUCCUUGUGAGGAAGCACCACACUGUAAUACAGCGUAGAUGGCAAGAAAGAGAGCUUUAUAAUCUGUUGGAAUUCAGAAAGAUAGAAACCUGUGAAUUUUCAAAAAGAAUAUUUUUCUUUUAUAAUUUGAAUCUGCACAUUUUAGAAAAUUGUCCUGCUGUAAUAAUGCAAAAAUAAUUUGAAUAUGACAAAAUCACUAGUUUGGUUCUGAGAUACUAAUGUGGUUUACUUGGUUCUCAGAACCAAGUAAAAUAUUCCUUAUACUGUUACUGGAUAUAUUUAAAAAGUAACUGUAAAGUAAAUGUUAAUGUAUUUAUAUACUGAACUACUUUGUAUGUAGCAGGUACUUUUUUCAGUUGAGUUCGACUCCAAAGAGUUCAUUUUUAAUUUUAUGAUACUACAACCUAUAUUCCAUCCCAUUUUCAGAAACAUUAUAUGACUUAGUAUCUCUAGACAUUAAGAGCUCCCUUUACUAAUGACAGGCCAGGAAAUUAAAUCUCGACUUUGAAACCUUCAGAUUAUUAGGUUUUCUCUCCAGUUCGUGUCUUUUUGUUUGUCUCCAUGGUUUUUGUUUCAGCCAUCUUUUUUCUUUCUUUCUUUCUUUUUCUUUCUUUCUUUUUCUUUUUUGUCUUAUUCAUUUUUAAUUCUAGAGCAACCAGAUAAUACUAAUGACACUACUGAAUCGGGCAACUUUGUUAUACCCGAGAUUAGUGUCACAAAUGUGGCUGGAGAGAGAACCAGGAAUGGGGAAAAAAACAGAAUGCCAGGAGAGAGUGAUCAACAUAUUCAGGGU